AUGGGGUUCGAUUUCAACUGCCUGACUAAGGUCCUUGGCCUGGUGAAGGAGGUCCAUGGGGCCCGGGGGAAGAUGAAUUACAUGGACUUGGGACUAAAGCUCAUAAAACUCGCCGGUCCCUACGUGGUGCAGUAUAUUGGUACCGUCAACCGUCCGCCGCGGGUCGAAGUCGAAGAGGCCUUUCAGCAAGCAGAGGAGGCGGAGGGCUUUAAGCCGUGGGAGGCACCCGUGCAGAAGAGCGGCAUGUGUCGUGCCCUCUUCAUUGGCAUCAACUACUACGGCACUCGCGCCGAGCUCUCCGGAUGCUGCAAUGACGUGAAACAAGUUCUCGCCACGUUGCAGAAGAAAAGGUUUCCCAUUGACGAGAUGUGCAUCCUUGUCGAUGAGGAGGAUUUUCCCGGCGCCACCGGUCUCCCGACGCGGAGCAAUAUUGUACGCUACAUGGCGUGGCUGGUAAAGGAUGCAAAGGCGGGUGACGUGCUCUUCAUGCACUUCUCUGGUCACGGCACCCAAACGCGUGCGUUGCAAGACUCAGAUGAGAGUUUUGAUCAGUGCAUUGCCCCGCUUGACUUUGAGCGUUACGGCUGCAUUCUUGACGAUGACAUUUUCAAAAUUCUUCUAGGAAGACUGCCGGCUGGGGUGCGAUUCACCGUUGUGUUUGACUGCUGUCACUCUGGCACUAUGCUCGACCUUCCAUACACGUUUAUGGGCAGCAGAAGUCUGCGCAGCGGCGUCACGGGACACAUGCAGCGCAUCCGCAGAGGCAACACGUGCGAAGGGGACGUGCUGAUGAUAUCUGGCUGCGCCGACGAGCAGACCUCUGCCGAUGUGACCAACACCGCCACGCUUGGGAUGAGCACAGCAGGGGCUGGUGGGGCCGCCACGCAGUGUCUGACCUACGUCAUACUCAAAGAAGGCAAUCUAUCAUACCAUGACAUGCUCAUCGCUACCCGCGACAUGCUGAGGAAAAAGCGAUUUACGCAGGUGCCGCAGCUAAGUGCAUCCAAGCCUAUCGAUUUACAGCGAAAGUUUUCACUUGUAAAGACAUUUGAUGUGGAUCACGCCGUUGUCUAA